AUUAGGUAAGUGCUUUGACAACACAUUCUGCUGCCUUAUGAAACCUCUGUAUGAUCAGAAACUGAUUGUUGCAGAUAAUUGAGGAGAAGGUGGUCAUUUCCAGAGUAGCCACCAUGCUGGACAAUAGAGAGCAAAGACCAGUGAAAAUUUGCCACGUGCGCAUUUGACAGCGCAAAAGAGCCAAACCAAAAUGAGUGAAGACAAGUUGUGGGCUGGCUUUUGACAUCUCUUCAAGAGAGAAAAUUAAAGUCUGUUGAAUCACCAAAUUCACACGGUGGAUUUGUGUUUAUGUUUUGUUGAUUUACUCAUUAAUCAUUCUCUGAUGCUGCUGUCCUUUGUGCAGCAAUCCAAGGCAAGCUCUAAUACGUCUGGAUGCAUUAAAGAAUACACAUUUUUAAACAUAGUCUCAGAAGACUUUUCAUAUUUGUUACAUUUGAUAAUGAAUUGUCACAGCAUUUGAAUUUGCAUUGACUAAACUUUGAUUUGAGUUUUGAUCUGCAGCUUUUGCUCCACUAAAACUUUUUAUCCAUCCAAGGAAUUUUAUCUCUUCUAUUAACUCACUGAUGUUUCAGGAUCGUGGACGACCAUAUAAAGAGUCUUAGAAUCAAACAAAACAAACUUUUUCAAGCGCUUGAGACAUACGAAGAAAGAAACAAAUAAACCUCAGGAUUGAGUCAUGUCUCGCCGAAGAAGCCGCAGCGCAUCGCCAGGGCGGUUUUCACGCUCCUGCAGCAGUAACGAUCCCAGAGAUUUGGAGAGGAGGAUUUUUGUUGGGAAUUUGCCGACCUCCGACAUGGAAAAGAAGGAUUUGGAAGACAUGUUCAACCCAUACGGAAAGAUAGUGGGCGUAUCCCUGUUUCGCGGGUUUGGAUUUGUACAAUUUGAGUGCAUUGAGGAAGCCGAAGCAGCAAAGGCGGCCCAAAAGGGUCGAAUAUAUAAAGAUUAUAAAAUAGAUGUAAAUAUGGCAGUGGAGCGACGACAAGCUAAACCUCAAAUCCAGCAGAGCCCUCCACGAAGGGCCCCGUACAGCAGUUAUGGGGACACCAAAGAGGCCCGGCCUCGGUCCCGUUCACCCGUGUAUGGGCGUGAUGGGGGGCGCGAUGGGCGUGAUGGACGUGAGCCCCGGGACAGUCGUGAUGGGAGGGCCCCAAGUAGAGAGCCUAGGCCAGGUAGCCACUCUCGUGAUCCUGAUUACCGUUACCGUAGCUCAGAGAACAGAGACAAGGACCUCCGAAGUGACCCACGGGAUUCUGCAUACAGCAGAGAAGACUAUGACCGAUUGUACCGCAGUGGAAGUGGUGCUGAUGAUUAUUACCGGAGGAAGGAUGAAACCUACAGGGACCCGUUCAGAGAUCCAUGGAAUGGACGACGUGAACCAGAAGCUUUGUCAGAUGAACGUGCCCGACCAGAAGAGCGUCGACGCAAUGAGUUGUAUCGACAGUACUAUGAAGAACUCCAGCGGCGCUACGACUCUGACCGUCCUGUUGACUGCUCUGUGAUCGUCGUCAACAAGACGCAGAAUAGGGAGUAUGCUGAGACAGUCGGGCGGAAAGUCCGUGAUUUGGGAAUGGUGGUGGACCUGAUCUUCCUCAACACAGAAGUGUCACUAACCCAGGCACUGGAAGAUGUUGGCCGAGCACGCACUCCGUUUGCUAUCAUAAUUACCCAGCAGCACCAGGUUCACCGAUCCUGUACGGUCAACAUCUUGUUCGGCACACCUCAAGAACAUCGAAACAUGCCAAUGCAGGAUGCCAUGAUGCUAGUUGCCCACAACUAUGACACCUACAAAGUUGAAAACCGUGAAAAAGAACGUGAGGAGAUUGCCAGGAAGGCUGCCAAGAUGGCGGAUGAUGUGUUACUCCGGGAGCCCGACAGAGAGAGCCACCCAGUUUCUGUGCUCACUGCCAUCACACUGCUGUCUGAAAACAGAUUUGUAACUCCAGAGGAGCUGGACAGUCUUGUUGCAUACCUGAAGGAUAAAAGAGCACGGCUGUUAAGAAGCACUGCAGACCCUCAUGCAGAUAUUUUAAGUUCCGUGUUGUCAAUAUCUAGCUACGUGGACAAAGAAUCCAGGGCAUCCAGGUUCAAGUUAAGCAGUAACGAUCCCAGAGAUUUGGAGAGGAGGAUUUUUGUUGGGAAUUUGCCGACCUCUGACAUGGAAAAGAAGGAUUUGGAAGACAUGUUCAACCCAUACGGAAAGAUAGUCGGCGUAUCCAUGUUUCGCGGGUUUGGAUUUGUACAAUUUGAGCGCAUUGAUGAAGCCGAAGCAGCAAAGGCGGCCCAAAAGGGUCGAAUAUAUAAAGGUUAUAAAAUAGAUGUAAAUAUGGCAGUGGAGCGACGACAAGCUAAACCGCAAACCCAGCAGAGCCCUCCACGAAGGGCCCCGUACAGCAGUUAUGGGGACACCAAAGAGGCCCGACCUCGGUCCCGUUCACCCGUGUAUGGGCGUGAAGGAGGGCGCGAUGGGCGUGAAGGACGUGAGCCCCGGGGCAGCCGUGAUGGGAGGGCCCAAAGUAGAGAGCCUAGGCCCCCAAGUAGAGAGCCUAGGCCAAGUAGCCACUCUCGUGAUCCUGAUUACCGUUACCGUAGCUCAGACAGCAGAGACAAGGACCUCCGAAGUGACCCACGGAAUUCUGCAUACAGCAGAGAAGACUAUGACCGAUUGUUCCGCAGUGGAAGUGGUGCUGAUGACUAUUACCGGAGGAAGGAAGAACCCUACAGGGACCCGUUCAGAGAUCCAUGGAAUGGACGACGUGAGCCAGAAGCAGACGACAGUGCUCGACCAGCAGAGCGUCGACGCAAUGAGUUGUAUCGACAGUACUAUGAAGAACUGCAGCGGCGCUACGACUCUGACCGUCCUGUUGACUGCUCUGUGAUUGUCGUCAACAAGACGCAGAAUAGGGAGUAUGCUGAGACAGUCGGGCGGAAAGUCCGUGAUUUGGGAAUGGUGGUGGACCUGAUCUUCCUCAACACAGAAGUGUCACUAACCCAGGCACUGGAAGAUGUUGGCCGAGCACGCACUCCGUUUGCUAUCAUAAUUACCCAGCAGCACCAGGUUCACCGAUCCUGUACGGUCAACAUCUUGUUCGGCACACCUCAAGAGCAUCGAAACAUGCCAAUGCAGGAUGCGAUGAUGCUAGUUGCUCACAACUAUGACACCUACAAAGUUGAAAACCGUGAAAAAGAACGUGAGGAGAUUGCCAGGAAGGCUGCCAAGAUGGCGGAUGAUGUGUUACUCCGGGAGCCCGACAGAGAGAGCCACCCAGUUUCUGUGCUCACUGCCAUCACACUGCUGUCUGAAAACAGAUUUGUAACUCCAGAGGAGCUGGACAGUCUUGUUGCAUACCUGAAGGAUAAAAGAGCACGGCUGUUAAGAAGCACUGCAGAACCUCAUGCAGCUUCAGUCCAUGCUGCACCUUCUGCAGCAUCACAUCAUGACAUCCCGCUUUCGUCUGCAGGACUUCCUCCAUCCCACUCUACUCACACACCGUCACAGUCCAGCCACCUUAGCAUAUCAGCUGGUCCAAGUCCCUCAGCUAACCCGAGCAACCAGCAGGAGCUGCAGGCUAAGAUCCUCAGCCUGUUCAACAGCGGUACUGGAGUGUCAGGAGCUGCUGGAGGUCCACUCUCUGCUGCCUCCUCACAGUCCCAGAUCUACGGUUCCCUUGGCCCAUCCUCUUCCCAGAGCCAAACCCGUCUACCCAUGCCAGGCCCUCCUCCAGCUGGAUCCCAGGGUUAUGGCCAAUCAGGCCACAUUCCAGUCACACCAGGUGGUCCGAGGCCUCCCAGCGCUGCUUCAGGUAUCAAUUUUGACAACCCGAGCGUCCAGAAAGCUCUGGACACUCUCAUUCAGAGUGGACCGUCUCUCAACCACCUGGUGGGCAGUGGGACAUCUCAACCUCCACCACCCAGGUCGGCACCCAGCAUGGGCCAGGUCCCACCCAUGUCUAUGUAUCCCCGACAUUAUUGACGAGUUGUAGUGAAUGACUCACCUUUCCCUCUGAUAAAAGUAGACACCACAUCAAUUUUCUGUGCAGUGAAUUUACCAGCUGUGUAUAGGCAGUCUCUAGGGAGCUUUUGUAAAAGCUUUUAAUCUCUUUUUAAAUUUUAUUUUGGAUAUUGAUUAAUUGGUUAAACUGGUCUAUAUUUUCAAUUGUUAUGAGCCAGAAAAUUAUUGUUCUGUCUUUUUGUUUGUGAGUGAAUUUAUGAGGCAAUGUUGCAUGUGUACAUUGUUUUCGUGCAAAUUGAAUUCCUUUUCUAACCAUGAUCUGUUGUGUUGUAUAGUUUUGCACGGUGUCUUUUUAAUUUAGAACAUUUUUAUUGUGAAAAAAAGACAUGAUUAAAAACUCCAGACACAAUUGCUGUAAUAAAAUGGUAUUGGUUUAUUGCAUUUUGUGCUGACAAAUCUAUAAAAUGGAACGGGUAUCGCCAGAAGCCAUAGAGAUAUAAGCAUUUGAAAUGUAAGAUAAAACUACUUUUUCCUCUUUUAAUGUACCAUGAAACACAAUAGAGAAUAAUACGUUUGUUUUUUGUUUUUUAAAUUUUAGAAUAUUUAACUUACACUGACACAAAAAAUAAACACCUCCACACUAACUGUAUUUGAUUUAUUUACACGUAGACCCCUCCCACCCUCGCCCCCAGCACUUACAAGUGCACAUGUACACACACACACUCCCACAGAACUGAAAGGAACACACUACGGCUUUACCAUAAGACUAGGUACAGUAUCAAGGAAGAGUAAUGAACGAUUCUCGGAUGAAAAAACAUUUUCAUAUUAGUGAAUUUGAUACAGGUGUGUCUUUGUGUGUAUGCUGUAUAUAUCAUUUAUAUCUACAUCCAUUACAGUUUUCAAGCAUCCAUACAAAAUGUUUCCCACAACUCCAGUGAAUUAAAAACAAACCCGGACAACGACAAGGUUCCUCUGGAGGGGGAUACUGGUUAUUAAUUGAAAUAUUCUAUUUCCAAAGGCCAUAAAGCAUUAAAGGUUGUCUGAAUGCCUCCGUAAGACUCAUUUUGGGGGCUGGUAAUGUUAUAUAAAAUAACACACAGUUGGUGGAUGUGGGGGAAUAAAAGCAGAUGCUGCCUUUUCAUGCAACUUUAAUCAAAAUUGUGUAUUUGUAGGCAUUUUCUUAUACUUUGGCACUUGUUUUACCACAUCAAAAUACCAAUUUUAUCUCUUGGCUCAAAUGUUUGGUAAGAUUUGGCUUCGUCUACUUCACUGGAGUACGCAUUUGCACACUAUCAAUUAAUGUAGUUAACUGAAAUAUACUUUGGUAAUCAGUUUAUCUGUAGGUAAUAUUUGACACCAUAAGAGGACCUUGUCAACAAAUCUACCAUAAAAAAUAGAAUCUUGUACUAUAAUAAUACUGAUCUUGGAUACACUGAUUGGCCAGUCCUAAGGAAAAGUGGAAAAAUAAAUCAUACUAGAAAUAAAAGUUUCUAACUGAUAAAAACAGAAAUACUUUUAUACCACAAACACCCAAUAUAUUUUCAAUACACCUUGUUCAGGGUAAUUGCAUGCAUGCACUGAGUUACACAACAUAACUGGGUCAGGGCUCUGCUUGCACCGCGUGGAUAGCCACUUGAGUUUUUCUCAUCUGACUCCCAGAGAGAUCAACUGUGUGAAAUGUUAAGUGCAGCUGUUGUAUUUCCUCCGACAUCAGACGUGUCCCUCUGAUGCGUCUGUGAGGAUACUGAAGUGUACGAUCUUAUCUCGGCUACAGACUGUGUGCCCUCUCUUCUGCCAUAAUCUUUGAUUUUUCUUGUAUUUUCUCUGUCGGUGUCUUAACAGGACAGCCUCCUCAACCCGGUAACAGAUGUGUUUCAGAGCCCUUAAUAAUCCAUUUAAGGAUGGAGACUGAGUAAUGAUCACCGGCAAGUUUGUCUCAUGCUACAGUUGUGCAGGCGAAGGUUCUGAUCUAAAUCUUGGAUCAGUUCAGGGGGGGACAGAGGGACAUGCUGGUUUCUAAGUUGACCAUCUUGAGUCGUUCCAAGCAGAGCCGGUACCAGAAUUGGAAGCGCAAGUUUUAUAUUCUUUGAUCAUUUUUCAGAAUUAUACUGCAAUCACAUUUAAAAUACAGAGCUGGGGUGGAUUUUGUGGCUGGCAUGGGAGAGGCCAGGGAUUUUUGGGCAGGCGGGGCGGGGGGGUGGAGUAAGGGUUUCUGGGAAGGCUCACUUCACAGAUUGAGUGACAAGCACUAUAAAUGUAACAGUUACUAAUAUUCUUUUUAAGAAAUUUGGCAAGAGAAAGGAAAGAACGUGAUGCAUGCUAAAAAUGUCCAAGUACAAUGCUCAAAUGAAUCGGUGUAAACAAAAUCAGCAGGUAGGUCUCUGGAUUAUUGCAGUUUAUAACUGCAGCAAGGUGAUGGGAAUUGAUCAUAUUUUUUAUUCUGAGCUGGCAGACCUCCACAGCUGGCUGUAAUACACUCGUACACCACCAGAGAUCACUGUGGGAUAGAGUCUGUACAUAGCAGGCUGGCUCUAGUUGGAACCCCCACUCCUGCAGACUGAUCCUGUCACAAAGUGCCCCCUCAGUGUAAAGUGCUUUGCUGUCUCAGUCACAUUUUAGAUGAACACUUUAGAUCUUUAUGGUCCGUAAGACCUGGUGACAAACAUUCAGGUGAAAUAAGUGACUGCUGACACCUCCAGUGGUUUAUAUAAAAUAAAUAAUGGUGACAAAAUGAAAAAUUACCAACGUGAGAACAAUAUUGCACAUAAUCUUACAAAACUCUAAGACUUCUUCCACAGUGAUAGAACAGUGUACAACAAAAGACAACACUAGUAGGUUACAAUGUCUCUGACUUCAGUGAUAUAUUUACAAAGGUGAAAUGACCAUUCCUAAGGCUCAUCCAUUCGCAAACUCAAAAUCCCCUACUACUUUACAUAAGACUACAUGAGCAAGAUUGAAAUAUAACAAGUAACAAUAUAGUGAACUCAUACUUUUUCUUAUUUUUUGCAAAAGACUUGUUUUCAAGGUCUGGCCAUGUCGCCAAAUGUGCAGCAAACACUCCUGAGUUCUCAAAAUAUGUAACUCAAUGAGAACGUUUGACAACCUUUUUUUUCCCUCCCUCAUUCUGCACCUUGAACAUAUAAGUCAUCACUAUAGAAACCACUAAAACAAAUAUUGCCACAUAGUACCAUGCAAACAGCAAUUAUAAAACAUUUAUAAUUCAAUAAAUAAAUUCAUUUCCAAUAAACCUCUCCAAUAAACAUCAGAUAUCUUUUCUGUUGAAUAAAUUUAAAAGGCUCAGUUGAUGCAGGCAAUGUUGUGGAGACAUUUCCAAAGUAGGCGUUCUUCCAAACACUGAUGUGAGCGUUCAACGACCCCUUUGUCAGAGUUAAAUGUGACAAGUUUUAAAGAAAAUCUUAAUGACUUGGCACCCUAAAUAUUUGAAAACUAGGAGUGGCUGCUUCUUGAGUAUCGCAGGUGUCAAAGGUUAGGUGCGUUAAAAAUUUGCAAAGGGUCAUCUUUAGCAGAUAAACCAGAAAUAUUCAAACAUUUUUUGCCAGUUUCUUUUAGUAAAUUAAUAAUACGUUACUUUAAAAUUGGUUCACUUUACUUAUGGGAUUAAAAAUGGUAAUAAUCAAGAGAGCAUUCUUUUUUUUUCUUUUUUUAAGAGAAUAAAAGGGUGGAGGAUUUGCCCUCAGUUGUAAUAUUGCAUCAAUGUAUUGAGUACAGUUUGUUUUUUUAAUAAAAGAGAAAGCUAACCCUGUCCAGAGAUCACAGGCCAAAUGUUUACAUGUACAGCCUUGUCUUGUUAGACAAUCACCACCACUGAUAUGUAUGUCUAUACCCUUUUUCACUUGAGCUUUAAUGUUGCUUUAGUCAUCUCUAUUUACAGUACAAAUAAAUCUAUUGAUACUAGCAGCAUUCACAACAUAUGGUCCGACAUUCAAGCAACACUAAAAACAUUUAAUACUGUUUUUAAAUAGUUCUAGAAACUAAUUUGUUUUGUUUCCCUAUACUGUAUAUACUGUAUGUGUGUGUAUAUAUAUUUUUAUAUAUUUAUAUAUAUAUAUGUAUUUAUUUAUAGUCAUAUUUCUACUAUAAGUGCAAAUGACCAAAAACAGUUUCUUUAGGAAAAGAAACAGAAAUAAUCAAAGUGACAGCUGUCCUUGGUCAGAGUGAGAUGAUUCUGGAUUCAUAAGACUCACGAAAUCUACAUAUACAAAAUAUAUGUGUAAAAAAAUAAAUUAACAUGAUCACAUGAGUCCGGAUUUCAACUAUUGCACAUUCUUUCCAAGAUGCACUUUUAAACCUAAAUAUGAUUUGCUCACAAGUCAUUCACUCAGGGACAUGUGUGGCUCAAAUUUUAACCAAUCUAGAGGAUAUAAAAUCUCACUGGAGAGUCUACUGCAUAGAGUUCAACCUUAUGGACAAAGUGAGUUUCCCAGCUACAGAAGCCACUGUCCUCUUUUUUAAAUUUAAACUAAACCCCAUAAACAAUCAGUCCAUAGAUGUUCAAAAUCUUCCUUCAGUAACAACUGAAUGUUUGCAGUUUAUCAGAGAUCUGAACAUCUAUUCUUUAAUUAUCUACAGGGCAACUUUCCAACCACAAUUUCACGUAGACACGUCAGUUUUCUUAUUUUAGCACACUUUGUUCUGUUUGAUUUAAUCAAUAGAAUUUUGUUUACUAUUUAUCUGUGAAAAAUACUUAGAUAUGGCACAU